GUGUCUGAACCUUCACUUGACGUCUAGUCUCUCUGUUGGGGUGCACACGGAUUGACCACUCCUUUGGGCUUUUCUUUUUUCCUUGGAUAUUUGGGGGGGAAAAGCUAAUCCACAAACAUGACUGACGCGCAACAAGAGGCCCGCUCCUACCUGAGCGAGGAAAUGUUGGCUGAGUUCAAAGCCGCCUUCGACAUGUUCGACACCGACGGUGGCGGUGAUAUCAGCACCAAGGAGUUGGGUACCGUGAUGAGAAUGUUGGGUCAGAACCCGACAAGAGAGGAGUUGGAUGAGAUCAUCGAGGAGGUCGAUGAGGACGGUAGCGGUACCAUCGACUUCGAGGAGUUCUUGGUCAUGAUGGUGAGGCUGCUAAAGGAGGACCAGGCCGGCAAGAGCGAGGAAGAGUUGGCAGAGUGCUUCCGUGUGUUCGACAAGAACGGUGACGGCUACAUCGACAGAGACGAGUUCGCCCUCAUCAUCCGCAGCACCGGUGAGUCCAUCUCAGAGGAGGAGAUCGACGAGCUGCUGAAGGAUGGAGACAAAAACGCCGACGGCAUGCUGGACUUUGACGAAUUCCUCAAGAUGAUGGAGAAUGUGCAGUAAACCCAGAAAGACUCACGGACAUUCCUCCACCCUCCUGUGAAGCCCCACUCUGAAUCCACCUGAACCACCUUUUCCCUCCCUCCUGUCUCCUCCCGCCUCUCUUCUCCAUCCUCAACAGAAAGCUAGGGCACCUGGCGGGGGUCGCUGGCCGGGCUACACUCUUCCCCGGCCGGCUAGUUGAACGCAGACGGACUCCUCGCCGACACCGUUGGGCUGCGACGGGGAAACUCACACCUUCUGCAUGGCGUCACAUCAGCGACCCCCUCCUCUCUGCUGGAAAAAAAGCCUCCGAUCUAGAUGUAGUCUAGAUGGACGGGCAGCCUGCUACCUGCUGCUUAGACCAAUUCAUUCAACCACUUCACUGUACAAAGAAGUACAUUUGCUUGAAGAGAAUAAAUGAACUAACACAUGCUCUCUUGUAGUUGGUCUGUCAUAUUUAUGGUCUGUGUAAAAAAAAAAAAAGUUUGUUUUGAGGAAUAUCAAUAAAAUCUCUUUGUUUCUUC